CUUCGCUGGGUGGGGAUGCUGCAAAGCCCGCCCACGGCAGCAGGACCGCGCCGGGCCGUGCCAUCCUUCCACACCCAGGGACCAGCUGUUCCCGCACAGCAUCCCGGCGGUGCGGGAGCCGCCCUGCCCCUCCCGCGGCUGCAUCCCCUCGCGGGGCACUCAGGGCCGCCCGGCCCCGCACAGCGCCGGCCGCUCGCGGGGUCCUGCGGCCGCUCCCCGCCCGGCCCGGCCCAGCCCAGCUCGGCCCAGCCCGGCCCAGCUCGGCCCGGCCCAUCCCGGCCCGGCCCAGCCCAGCCCGGCCCAGCUCGGCCCGGCCCAUCCUGGCCCGGCCCAGCCCAGCCCCCUCCCUGUCUGCAGCGGGUGGCGGCGGGAGAAGGGCGGCGGCGCCGUCACGUGAGGCCCUGCCUGGCGCUCGCUCCCCGCGCAGCCCCGCCGCCGCCAGCCCGGCCCGAGCCCCGCCGCCGCCUCGCCUCGCCUCGCCUCGCCUCAGCUCGCCUCGGCUCCUCCGGCGCUCCCAUGCCCAGCAGCGAAGCGGUGCCGCUGGGGCUGGGCGCCUGCCGCAGGUCGGGGGCGCUGGGCGGGAUGCUGUCGCUGGUGGCGCGGCUGCUGGAGUGGCUGCGCUCGCUGUUCUGGAAGGAGGAGAUGGAGCUGACGCUGGUGGGGCUGCAGUACUCGGGCAAGACCACGCUGCUCACCGUGCUGGCGUCGGGGCAGUUCACAGAAGAUAUGAUUCCUACAGUAGGCUUCAAUAUGAGAAAAAUAACAAAAGGCAAUGUUACCAUAAAGGUGUGGGACAUUGGAGGACAGCCAAGGUUCCGAAGCAUGUGGGAGCGUUAUUGCAGAGGAGUCAAUGCAGUUGUUUACAUGGUGGAUGCAGCAGACUUAGAAAAAGUAGAAGCUUCAAAGAAUGAGCUUCAUAGUUUGAUAGAUAAGCCACAAUUGCAUGGAAUUCCAGUGUUAGUUCUUGGAAAUAAACGAGACCUCCCAGGUGCACUGGAUGAGAAGCAGUUAAUUGAGAAAUUAAAUCUUGCAGCUAUUCAAGACAGAGAAAUCUGUUGCUAUUCUAUUUCCUGUAAAGAGAGGGAUAACAUAGACAUAACAUUACAAUGGCUUAUUCAGCACUCCAAAUCAAGAAACUGUUGAAGAAACUUUGUUGAAGAUAACUCUUCCCCAAUCACUUUGACUCCUAUCAGCUAUACACAAUGAAAAGAUAAGGAAUGCAACUGUCUACUACCAGGACUCACUGUGGUCAUAUUUGUUAACAGAAGUAAAUCUGACUUGUAACUUGUCUGUUUUGAUUGGUUUGUUUUGGUUUUUUUUGAAUCCAGAUAUUUGUCUGCCUAGGUGAAAUUCCUGAACGCCUUAAUACAAGACUGGAAGAAAUCAAUAAUUUUUUGAGAUUAAAUGUUUUGAGUUUAUGCAUGCAAAUUGUCCAAUACAUAGUACUUUUUUUUUCUAAUUUGAAACUGAAUAAAUUGUGCAGUGGAAACAAAUGACUGUUUUUUUUUAAUGUAGCAUAUAAUUAUUCACACAGAAUGUUUUCCCUCUGAACACAUGUAGUUAAGUACAUUCAAUCAAUUAAAUAAAUUAAUCAAUUAAAACUGUAA